AUGAAAGAUACCCUGACAGACGCGAAUUUUCCACGGACAGCAGACCAACGCGUCUAUCAUCUUGGGGUCCGCCCUGGAGAGGUGGCGAAUCGUAUUGUCACCGUUGGUUCGCCGUCGCGGGCGAACACUGUAGCCUCGUUUCUCGACGCAAAACCGAAGCCGUUCGUGUUGAAUUCCGAGCGCGGUUUCUUGACAAUUACAGGCAGAUAUAAAGGUGUACCCGUAUCAAUCAUAAGCAUUGGUAUGGGCAGUCCAAAUAUGGACUUCUUCGUGCGUGAAAUCAGGGAAAGUGUCAGCGGCGACCUCGCCAUUAUUAGGCUGGGCUCUUGUGGUGGUCUAGUCGACAUACGUCCGGGAACGGUCGUAGUGGCAGACGCCUGUGUGUCGAUUUCUCGCAACGUCGAUUUCGACUUUGCCAAUCCAGAAAGCUGCGAUGAGCCAGCGUAUAGAAUCAGCAAGCCUGUCGCCGCCGACGAGAAGUUGACAAAUGAGCUUGUCAAAGCUUUGCAUGCCGCGAAACCAUCUACCUCUCUGUCGGACAUCAUCUCAGGGACGGUCAAUGCUUCAGCUGACAGGUACGUUGAUAAAACAUCAUGUUCCCACCAGAAGUUCUCAGACGACGGGCCCGUUUUCGCCAGCUUCUACUCGUCGCAAGGGAGACAAACAUCUUUCCCAGAUCACAACGAGCAUCUUAUUGAAUACCUUCAGAAGAUGGUCGAGAAUUUAUCCACACUCGAAAUGGAGACCUUUCACCUCUUUCAUCUUGCGGCCUGCUGGCGUGCCCGGUCCGCCGUAUCUACGGUGGAGAGGACGCCUCUUACCACGGGGCCUGUCACCCCCGUUAUUGCCCAAUCUUCAAAUCCCACACCCCAGAUACCUCCUACUCCACAGGCGUUACCGAAUUCUGUUAUCAGGGCAGCUGGGAUUCAUAUGGUCUUUGCUUCUCGUAAAUCUCGAGAUUUUAUUACGCCGGAGCAGGUUAAAGAAGUUGAAGAAUGGACUGGACAGGGAGUCCUCAACGCGCUGGUAAACAUAGACAUUCCUGAGGACCAGAUGCACACCAGCGAAGGCAGCGUUUGGGAACUCGUGUAG